AUUGAAAGGAGAGGGACCAAGACACUUCCGGGCGCCGGACCGAGAGGGGCGGGGCCUAGACUUUGGAAGGGAGUAUUUCUGUCUGGGCGGCCCUCAGAAGAGGAAGCAGGCUGGAGGGGGCGGGGCCUGAACUGAGCAGCUAGAGGUGGGGCUACACAGCUGCUCCGAGUUUUUCUGCCAUUUGAAUCUUGUCCUGGGAGCCAGCUGUGACCAGAGGAAUAGCUCCAGCUAACCGGAUCAGCUUCUGCAGAACAAGACCAGAGCUUCUGGACAAGGAAUGGCGAGCAAUGGAUCUGGGAAAAGCUUGACUUGGGAGAUGUACAGGAAGUCUUCCCAGGGGCUCGUUACUGGGAUCCGCAAUGGAAAACGUGGACGGUGACCGCCGUGCGACCAACAAGCUUCCCAAGCUCAAGAGCUCGAAGGAGUGGCUGGAGCCGCAGCCGCUCGCGCUCAUGCAGGCGUUGGCUAAAGAAGAUAAUAGUGCAGCUGUUCAAUUAAUAUUAUAUAGAGAAAAUUAUAUAAUUAAGGAGCUGGAUAAGUGUUUGCACCAGCAUGACUUCUUGAAUGAGAGAAGAAAAGAGCUGUUACAUAAAAGAUGGGUUGACCAGGUGGCAGAGCCUCUCCAGAAGAAAAUCAUAGAAAAAGUUUGUUCCCAUAAGAAGAUUAAAAAAAGGAGACAAGAGGAACUAGAUAGUUUUUUAAAAUAUGUAAAUCAAAAGGGAAACGCGUUUUUAGAGCAUUACGAUCCGAAAGAGUACGACCCUUUUUACAUGAGCAAAGAGGACCCGAAUUUUCUGAAGGUCACCAUCCCACCGUUUUGUGACCCUUUGAAAAAGGCACAGUAUGACAAAGAUGAGGAAACAAGAACUCUUCUUCAGUGUGAGACUGGCAAGAUGCAGACAAUGAAAGAAUUUAAAGAGGUCGAGAAGGCCAAACUGCAGUCCAGAUUCCCAAGAAUUUCUAAUUCAAGGUGCUUCAUGACUCCAAACGAGUGGAUUAGACUGUCCGCAAACUACAUAGAAAGUGAAUUCUGUAAAAGGAGCAGGUUGAAAGUGAAAGUGAACUUUAACGUUAGUAGUUUUGACUCAAAGCCCUCGGCCAAAGCUCCGCAACUUCUGGAAUCCUAGCAAGAAGAAAAAGCUGCUAUUUGCAAAGGCUUUGGCAGCUCGGGAGCACACACCCUGGCCCUGGCCUGGUCGCAGAGGACGCAGAGGAGGCCGCUUUGGAGGAACCAUCUUCCAGCUGGAGUCAUUCAGGCUGAGGACCAAGGACGCGCCCACAGUCGUUCUGUAUCUAAGGAAAGCGUCGCAAUAAACACCACUUACUUUCUCA